AUGCCUGAGGUCAGUUAUCUGGUCACGGUUGUUUGGUUGUUUACUGCUUGUGCUUGGGCAAUUGCCAGCAUGACACCCAAUAUUUAGGUGUUAACGUUAUGUCAUAUACAUGGCGCAGAUACGACGCUGUAUCUGAAACUUAACAUCUAUCUUUAUGCACAAAUUUUAACCUUAGCAAGAUCUCCGUAAGUAUACAGGAAUCCUCAUGUAAAAGAGGUCCCCUUUGCUCUUGUAGUACUCAUCUGAGGAGGAGGAAGAGGACAUAAUCGCGACUGCCCUGGCCCAACUCCAAAAGAAGGAGAAACUGGGUGCGGUUGACCACAGUCGAAUCCACUACCCACCCUUCAAGAAAAACUUUUACGUCGAAGUGCCCGAAAUCGCUAAGAUGAGCAAGGAUGCUGUGAAAAAGUACCGAGCUUCGCUGGAGGCUCUGCGAGUUCGGGGUAAGGACUGUCCGAAACCGGUGAAAACUUGGGUGCAAGCCGGCGUGAGCUCCAGACUUCUCGCCUGUCUAAAGAAGUAAGUGCGAUGAUUGUAAUGAUGGUGUUUGAUGGUUCUUGAAAUUUAACGAGUGGAUUCUUUGAGGGUGACCUUUGUUCGCCUCUCUCCUAUUGCCAGGAGCCCAUACGUUUGUUUUUUAUCCGAAAUUUGUUAGUCCUCGGAAUAAAUAGCCUGACUGACGCAUAGUGGUAAUGAGGUAGCUACUGCACCAGGAAGCUGUAAGUCGCACCAGUCUUCUCACAUUUAGUGCGGUGCAACGUUCUAUGGGCGACGGAAACCAUUUAUAUUCGAUUUUCUCAGAUCUAUACCUCUUUGCAGGGCCGAAACUCUCCGACUCAUGAUUGGAGAGGUGCUGCACGAGCAAUGGCACACACGUCCUCAGUAAUAGCAAUAAUCGUCGGCAGCGUCCUGGCACAAUCACUUGCAUCAUCAUCAUCAUCAUCAUCAUCAUCAUCAUCAUCAUCAUCAUCAUCAUCAUCAUCAUCAUCAUCAUCAUCAUCAUCAUCAUCAUCAUCUACGAGUCUAACUCAGACUGCCGACUCCUUGGUUGGGAGUCUGGACUUGCCUGCGAAAAUGACACCAAAGGCGUGAGUGGGAAGGGUAGGACGCGGAUAAGGGAAGCGACAGGUAGACGGCAUGUCAUAUAUUUGGAUUAUCAACCGCCUUAAUCCUAGUUUUUUUUCACUAAUACUCUAUACCUACCUGCCCUCCGGCGGUCUGCUCCAAUCCCAAAUGCCCUUGUGAGCUGCGGGUUGGGCCAUCGCGACUUUGAGACUGGAAUGGGCUAAUGCUGCAACUCUUGCCUAAAUGGGGGAGCUUUUAUCUCCAAUCCCGUUUGACUGGGAUGCUUCUAACUGUGGGAUUGUUUGGCUUAGUUCAGUCCAGUUCAAUUUUAUUAAGGGAAAUACAGGCGAGCGCCUUUGAACUCCCUAUUGGUUACAAGUCGUUGGACAAAAACGCUGAUAAAUGGAAAGUUACACAUGUACUGUUUAUGUCCUCCAGUAGAGGUUCCAUCCGACAGCAUUACGCAGGUUUUUAACUUCAAAGGUCCUACGACACUAUUUUUAUGUUCUUGCGGCAAAUGCAAACACCUGAUUGUGACUGACUAAACAGAGUAUCCGAUUUUAGCCUGUGAUGAUACUUAUCAACAGCCGAGCAACAAUUUUUCCUCAGAACCAUCGUUUUUUGUAAAGGAAGCGUUUUCCAGAAUGGACACAAGACCCCUCGAGCUAAGCAAGCGAUGUCUUAUGAAAUUAUUCUUUCCGACUCAUUCAAUCCCAUUUAUUUCAUUUUACAAUAUCCCACGCAAUCGUCCUCCUAAACGUCCUCAAUCACCUGCUAUGGUUGAUUGGAAAUUUCCCCAUUUCUAGCCAAACUAGCUUGUUAACUCCACCCCCCCCUCCCUUCCCAGUUCAUUCCCCAUCCCGAUAUGCCUUUGCAUGCACGCUUUAGGGCUGGCUUCGAGAAGCCAACGCCAAUUCAGUGUCAGGCGCUGCCGGUAAUAAUGUCGGGUCGGGAUAUGAUUGGCAUUGCAAAGACGGGCAGUGGCAAGACCCUCGCCUUCCUGGUUCCUCUGAUGCGCCACCUGGAGCAUCAAACACCCCUUGGGCCUGGCGACGGGCCAAUAGCCAUUCUUCUCACUCCAACUCGUGAGCUGGCUCUUCAAACUUACAAGGAGGCGCGGCGGUUGGGUAACGCCUGCGGUUUCCGCAUCGCAUGCGUGUACGGUGGUACAGGCAUUAGUGAGCAGAUUGCGGAGCUAAAACGUGGCGCUGAGGUAAUCGUCUGCACUCCGGGACGCAUGAUUGAUAUGCUGGCUGCCAAUGGUGGUGAGUCUCACUCUCACUAAAAUACCCUUAUCCUCUACUGCUUUUUCAGUGCCCUCUUCUCUCCUUAGUUUAUCUAGUACUUUAUCAAACUAAAGUACUAUCAAUUCCUCCGCGGUUGUAUGUCAAGUGUGAUCUUACGAAGCACCUUCAUGCCUGUAUGUUUCGUAAAACUACGAUUUCUCCUUUCUUAUGCAGGACGAGUGACUAAUCUGCGUCGGUGUACCUACGUGGUGCUUGAUGAAGCGGACCGUAUGUUCGACCUGGGCUUUGAACCGCAGGUCAUGCGUAUUGUCGAGAAUUGUCGCCCCGACCGGCAGACGGUGAUGUUCUCGGCCACCUUCCCUCGGCAGAUGGAGGUGCUGGCCAGGAAAGCCCUUACCAAUCCCAUCGAAGUCCAAGUCGGUGGACGGUCUGUAGUCUGCAGUGAUAUCACCCAGAAAGUUGUAAGUCCGCCAUCCUCCCCGUUUGUAGCUGCAACUUCUUGCACGAGCCUUAAUGCCCUUGUCUUGUGGCUUCCUUUCCUCUAGUGGGUCCUUCAGUCUGAAGAGGACAAAGUUUUGAAGCUGCUGGAACUUCUAGGCAUUUAUCAGGAGCAGGGUAGUGUGCUGGUUUUCGUGGAGAAGCAAGAGAGCGCGGACGAAUUGAUGCGUGUUCUGAUGAACUUCGGUUACCCAUGCCUCUCGCUGCAUGGUGGCAUCGAUCAGUACGACCGUGACUCUGUCAUAACGGACUUCAAGCGCGGAAAUAUUCGCCUGCUUAUCGCCACCUCGGUGGCUGCGCGUGGUCUCGAUGUGUUGGAUCUCGUCCUGGUAGUGAACUAUGACUGUCCCAACCACUACGAGGACUACGUGCAUCGUUGCGGGUGAGUAAAUGUGUAAAGUAAUGUGUACUGAUCGUAUAUAAGUAGGCAGUUAGUGCUCUAUUGAUUGAAGCGACUGUUCGGUCUGGUCCGUUUUAAACGCUCUCUGCCAACAUACGAAUUGCUUUAUGUUGCCCAACAUAACUGCCGUCAUACAAUGGGUGCCUGAAGGGUACGUUAUGUGGAUUUCUAAAUCGGUUAUUUCCCUCUACUCCCUGUUGUUAUAAAAGGCAUACCCUCCUCAUUCAAAACCGCGGUCAAUUACAACUACUUCCGACCUUAGUUGUCUCGGUAUUUUGACGUUGUUAGUGACAUUUUCGUUGUUCUUUUGGAGUAAGUCCAGUAGCAAAGUUCAGUUGUAUUGAUUAAGCUGACUUUCACAACAGGCAAUCAGUUUCUUUGCUGACGUUGAAAGCAAUCGGAAAAGUGUUAUUGUGCUCCUAUCACCACUACCCGUCCUCUUUGAUUAUAAGUAAUUCUCCAGUGCUUAACGUUUGAUUGAUGUAAAUAAAUUGGUAAUAUUUAAGUACUUAGGUGUUUGUGUCGUUUUUUGCUUCUUCGCAUGCACGACCUGUUUCACGAAACUAUCAUUCCUGUGCCGAACAACUAGUGGAAGUGAUUUCCCGACUAUGUGACAAUGCCUGCAGCCGAUGCUACUCCGUCUCUGCCAUUUCGAUUACUAUGCGUUUGCCCCCGUUCUCCUGUUUCUGUUGAGCAAUUUUUAGUAAUUGAGUACCUUAACUUGUCUAGACGGACUGGCCGGGCCGGACGUAAGGGGUACGCACACACCUUUAUUACUCCCGACCAGGAGAGGAAUGCAGGCGACUUGGUGAAAGCUUUCAGCCUGAGUGGUCAGCCAGUGCCCGAGGAUAUCUACCUUCUUUAUGAGGGCUAUAAGGAGCGCAUGAUGAUGGUGAGUCGUAUCAACUCCCGUCUUAUUUUGCUGCAUCUGGAACUCGGACCAUUUCUCUUUGUUUUAGUACUCCGAUUUUAUUCGAUCACAACAAGCAAAAAAUGGCCACUUUCUUUUGGCGUUACGAUCAAAAAUGCGUUCUUUUAGACGUCUGGUUUCCCUGACCAAAGAAGCUCGAAAUAGAGUAGCACCGAACACGAACAAGUGGUCACUUCCCAGUUUGUAAAGGGCCCUAGCAUACAAUGGUGGCUUGUUGGUAAUAGCUACCGUCACAUUCGGAGUUGGUUUGCCAUGAAGGGCCAAACGAAUUAGUAUUUCCCCAUCGCUGUAUGAAAAGUGUGCUAUCUUCCUGACAGAGUCUGGCAGGUGACAAGAUACUAAUGAAUCUCGGCUCUACGAUCGUGCUAACCCAUCAGUUAGGUUUAAUCUGUCGACUAUGCACGCAUAUUGGUCCUUGUGGUUGCAGUCCUUAUUACAAUUGUGGUUGAAUAAAAAAGGUAUGAAUAAUCCGAGAACGGCCUCACUCCUUCUUUCUCGGUCAUUCCAUCGUCUUUAUCAUCUGCCACUAGUCUACAUAUGCAACCUAUCUGCUGAUGCCGGGUUGGAAAGGGAUUUGAGGUACCUUGUAUUAUGCCAAGUCUCUAAAUCAAAAAGCUUAUGCUAAUGUCUUAUCUCGUUCGAUGAAGCUCGUGACGCCAUAAGAAAGCUACGUAAGCAUUAUUUUAAUUGGAGAAGAUAGCUUAGCGGAACCUGAAUACAAAUAAGCAUGAGACAUCACUUCGAGUCAUUUAAGGCACUGAGCUAUGCUGGCCUCGCGUUCGGUGGUUUUCUGACUCCAGAAAAACAGGCAUCUACGUAAGACAUUUAUUUUCAGUUCUUUUCGAGGUUAUCAAAAGUUAAAUGCUUUUGGCAGUAAACACGACACUUCUUCCUCACGAGUUUCUUGCAAGAAAUAUCCCUUUCGAAAUAUCCCUUCAAAACACGGAGUAUUUUGGUUCAAACAAUUCAAGUAACUCGGAAGGGGAUACCAACAAAGACAAGGGAGGCUACGAUGACCAUUUUUGGCUUAUCAGCCACCGUCAGCCAGCCUUACCCAAACCAUAGUUUGCAUCGCCCGGUCUUCGACCCGCGCUCUUCGGUCAUCUAGCGCAUCCAUGAAAACCUGUAGCCAAUCACCACAAACACGACCACAUCAGCACACAUCCCCCCAUCAAUACAUACACAACGCGCAAACCUCCGACAUCCCACAUCGUUGGCACCCCCACGUAAGUGUGCUCUUUGACUCCUUUCUCCAUAUGACUCAUCCACUGCAGGUGAGAUGCGAAUAUUCUGCCGCCUUAUGUGUGAAAUCGGGACAUGUGCGUAUGGGGGUCAGGUCGCGUGUGUGGCACGCGCAGACCAACUGUUCUCAGCUCAGUCAGCCACCUCUCCCAAUCUUAACACCAGUUGGCUAGCCGACUCCGACAGUCGAUUUGUGCACGCGAUAGGAUAGGGUGGGUGAGGUCGACUCUGAGCGCACAAUUCCUCGCUAUAAACAAUCGGUCGCGCUGGAUACAAACACGGUACGCCAAAAGCCGUGGCCUAGAAGGCUGCCAACUGACACAUUUACUCAGACCACGCACUCAGCCCGCUUGUGUGUGUGUGUAUGUAUUCCUAGUGUGUACAGUUGGGGGAGGAAGCAACUCGUGCAUGUGGCGCGUCCUGACGGGCUCGCUAGUUCUGCCAGUCACUGCGCCUUCUUCCGGUAUCAGGCAUCUGACCGGCCCGAACUGGUGCCAGGGGGUGGGAAGAGCGAGUGAGGUCAACUGUCUCAGCUGGAAACAAUCCGACGCACUUGAAUCUAUCACAGUGCACCAAAAACCGUGGCUUGGAAGCAUGUCAACUGACAGGAUAACUCGGACCUUGCAGUCACUCAAGUGUGGGGUUAUAUGGAGUGGCUAGUCGACUGGCGGACCGACGGCCAGGCUGCCAUGGUUCCUUAAUGUGCCUUCAGUGGGAUCCGAACCGCUUCCUCUUCUCUUGUCUGAAAUCCUGGUCAGUGUACGUUGGGUGUGGUGGUACGCUGUGCCGGUCACCUCCGCCCUCUCCCGCUGCCGACCUUCUUGACACCGGGCUCAGGCGGGGGAGGCGAGAGUGCCGUAGAUGCUGCACAAGUAUACUACCACUUCAAGAUAACUCCCGCGCAAGUCACCGUCCAUGCUCUCACCCUGCUGUGGAGCACAUGGUGGACAUCAUCGCUCACGACGGCCGAAUGGUCAGUAGGACAUACCAAAUCUCACUAACGAGCGGAAUAUCUUACAACAGUAAAUGUUUGGAUCUUAUACUAUACCUGUUUUCCAGUAAUCCUCCCAUCAGGCCUUCUGAACGUCAAAUUGUAAUGAACGCAUUUCGAAUUUUCAAAUUACAGCACAAAUACAAAAAUCCUGUCGUCUCUUUUUGUGGAAAAUGCUUGAUUUUUUGUAUGCAUAAAAAUGGUAGGCCGUGCACUGCUUGACUUAUGCUGUUUUCUGGGAGAACCAGUUCCAGACAUACUACACCAGUACAACGGAGAGCCAAUGAGUCAAAAUGCAUAAAAUUCACUCUGUCUUCUCGUCUUAUAGGAGGGUAAAAAGGUUUACGGCGGCUCAGGCUUCCGUGGCAAGGGCUUCCACUUUGACGAAGCUGAGGCACAGUUAGUGAGUGAUCGAAAACGCUUUGCCAAGGCCGCACUCGGUAUCGAAGAUUCGGAUGAGGAAGGUGAUUCUGCUGCUGUCGACUGGGACUCGAAAAUAGAGGACAUGUUCGCUACCAAACGCAAAGUCACAGAUGUGGCUAAGUCGGGUGCCACUGACCAGCCAGCCACUGCAGCAACAGCGGCACCUGGCCCUGGCGAGGGGUAAGCAUUCCAUCCUCCACGAGUAUUCCUUCUUUUAAUCUGCAUUAAGGAAAUAAUUGCUGCUUACAGGAAUUAAUUGGUGUUUUGGCGGGUUCGAAUAAUUCAUUUGGCCCAGUUGUGAAACACUCGGCGGCUUCGGUAGGAUUAUGGAGCCUAUGACAUCGAGGGCAAGGCUUGAGUACAGCCAGCGCUCGAAUUACCCGAUCUACGAGGCCCCAUCGGGAGCCGUGGGAUUUAAUCGCAGUUGGGUCAAGUUACCCGCCCAACCUACUGCAACGUAUGGAAUCCACCAAAUGUGAUAUAGUAAGCUGGCUGUCCAAGCAGGAGUUCCUAAGCGAUCCAUCUGGAAUCCACCAGAUGACUGCCAGGCUAAAUUACCUAAUUAUUUUUUGGCAGAUUUGAAUCAUUCAUUUGAUCCGAUUGUAAAAAACUCAGCGGCCUCAGCGAGAUUAAUUUGUUGAGCCGGUUAGUCAUCUGGCGGAUUGUAGAUGGGUUACUUAGGAAAUCCUGCUUGAACCGUCAGCCUAAUGUAUCAGAUUUUGUGGAUUUCAGACGUUGGAGCAGGCUGGGCGGUUAAUGUGACCCAAAAUUGACGUGACUAAACUUAAGUCAUCGGGUGGGAUCUCGUAACUCAGGUGACCAGAGCGCUAACUGUACUCAAGCCUUGCCCUCGCUGUCUUGGGUCCAAAUCUCACCAAGACCGCCGAGUUUUCAACAAUAAGGUCAAAUGAGCUCACAGGAAUCUCAGUCCUUCGGCAUAUUGCACUGGAAUUAACACAACUGGUUUGCUGACAGUCGUAUGUUGAAUACCUUGCCUUGACAGCUUGAGCCCCGCUGUGAUUGCACAACUUGCCCUGGCUCGCCAGAAGGCCGCGCAGGUCGCCUUGAAGGGUCUUGGUAAUCCAACCAGUGGCACGGCUGUGAAUACUAGCCGCAAUCUCGCAGAACAGGCAGCAGAACGUCUGCACGCAAAACUCGGCUACUCAAAGCAGCAGGAAGAGGAAACAACACCUGCCGGCAGCAGUAGCAGUGGUGCGCCCAGCGACUACAUACGAAGGUUAGUCGGCAGUGUCGCUUCUUUCAUAUGUCUUAACUAGUGCCCACCUCUCAGCACUACACAGUCCUGUAUGUAUUUUAAGGUACGAGGAAGAAUUGGAGAUCAACGACUUUCCGCAAAACGUGCGUUGGCGCAUAACUGGCCGAGAAAUGCUGGUGCACCUGAACGAGUAUUGUGACGUCGGUGUAUCUGUUCGCGGGAUUUACAUCCCUACGGGAAAAGCCAAGAGUGCCGUCCCAGAGUCCUCUGACGAACGCCCUCUCUAUCUCUGUUUGGAGUCAACCAGUGAACGCAACAUACAGCUUGCUAAGAAAGAAAUUAUGCGUAUAAUAAAGGAAGAGUUACUGAAAUUGGUAGGUUGUUUUCUCUUUCAUCCACUUCCUCCAACCCUCCUGUGCCGUACUCCUUCGCGCUGUCUGUCAGUAGAUCAUAAGUCAAUCAUUCAGCCAGCGUCCCGUGUCUGUCACCUCUUUCGAAUAAUUCUCAACCACAGCUUAUUCAGGCUCAUCUGCCAGUCUGGUUGAAAUAAUCCUUCUUUUGCUAUUUUCUUUACAGCAAUCCAGUGGAAACCUCAACCGCGGUCGCUACAAAGUUGUCUGA